UUUCCAAGGAAACCGCAGCCAGCAGGUCAGCUGUACAGGAUGUAGGCGUGGUCUCUAAGGACCCUUCCGCUGUUUCUCAGGAAGUGACGCCACACUCCAAACAGAACCGGCCUGACAGAGAAAUAUAGUUUGAAAUCUCAAGGACCGGAGGACAAGACAAGAUGUUUGGAGAUUUGGAUUAUGAGUUGGAAGAGGACAAGCUAGGAAUACCUACAGUCCCCGGGACAGUGGCUCUUAAAAAGGACGCUCAGAAUCUGAUAGGAAUCAGCAUUGGUGGAGGAGCGCAGUAUUGUCCCUGUUUAUAUAUUGUGCAGGUUUUUGAUAAUACACCAGCAGCAAUUGAUGGUACUUUAGCAGCUGGAGAUGAGAUCACCGGAGUUAAUGGUAAACCAGUUAAGGGGAAAACCAAAGUGGAGGUGGCUAAAAUGAUCCAGGUUGUUAAGGGUGAAGUCACCAUCCACUACAAUAAGUUGCAGGCUGAUCCGAAACAAGGAAAAUCACUGGACAUAGUUCUUAAGAAGGUGAAGCAUCGUCUGGUGGAAAAUAUGAGUUCAGGAACUGCAGAUGCUCUAGGCCUUAGCAGAGCGAUCUUAUGUAACGAUGGAUUGGUGAAGAGGUUGGAGGAACUGGAGAAAACUGCAGAGCUGUAUAAAGGUUUGAUGGAGCAUACGAAAAGACUGUUGAGAGCUUUCUUUGAACUGUCACAGUCGCAUCGAGCCUUUGGAGAUGUGUUUUCUGUGAUUGGUGUCCGAGAACCUCAAGCAGCUGCCAGUGAGGCCUUUGUAAAGUUUGCAGAGGCUCAUCGCAGCAUUGAGAAGUUUGGUAUUCGGCUGCUGAAGACCCUCAAACCAAUGCUUCAUGAUCUGAACACUUACCUAAAUAAAGCUAUUCCAGACACUAAACUUACUAUCCGGAAAUACUUGGAUGUGAAAUUUGAGUAUCUGUCAUAUUGCUUGAAGGUCAAGGAGAUGGAUGAUGAGGAGUAUAGCUGCAUUGCACUGGGGGAGCCUCUGUAUCGUGUCAGCACUGGAAACUAUGAGUACCGGCUGGUACUUCGCUGUCGACAGGAGGCCCGGGCUCGCUUUGCAAAAAUGAGAAAAGAUGUUUUAGAGAAGAUUGAGUUACUGGAUCAAAAACAUGUUCAAGAUAUCGUGUUCCAGCUUCAGAGGUUUGUGUCCGGCAUGUCCCAUUAUUAUGACGAAUGUUACGGGGUGUUAAAAGAUGCCGACGUCUUCCCCAUAGAAGUUGACCUGUCACGGACGAUGCUAACAUAUGGAGGACAGCGGGAGUUGUAUAACGAAGACGAAGAGGGCGAGGAUGAAGGAGGUGAAAGUCAGGAGGGAACGAGUGAACAGAGCAGCAAAGGUGCCAGGCAAGAAGAGAAUGGGGACGAGAAGCUGAUUGAUGACGAGUAGACUUGGAAAUAUCUGCCUUUUAUGAACUGUCGUUUUAAGUGCAAGGAAGAGGUCAAGAACACGAUGAAAAAAGUGCAAAGAAGAUUUUCGUUUGGUUACAAGAUCUUUAUGUUGAUCAUCUUCAUCCAGCAUAAUAUGAGCGCAGGAGUAUAUGUAAACAGUCAAACCAUUACAAAACUAAUGGGAGGGGAUUAUCAUGUUACAAAUGUGCAAUACUGAGGUGAGGUGGACCUUUAAUGGGAAUUAAAAAAGAAAAAGUUACAUUCCUUUCUUCACAAUAUGGUUACAUAGGAUUUGGAAAAAUUUGGUGUCACUCUCUGGAGAUUUUCAAAUUUACCAUUGGAAGCAAUUAGUGUGAAAUUUUGCGCCGGACGUUAGCUAGAUUUUUCCAGAGGUGUUCACUCUCUCUCAAUCACUGCCUUGCUUUUUAUUUCUUUUUUUUUUUUUUUUUUUUACUCAUUUUGGCCUUGUGUCAUUAGAAGCUUAAGAGAGUAUGAGAUUAGUGUGAGUUUUGACCAAAAAAAUGUAAAUGGUAUUUAUUUAAUGUUGUGGUUUACCGAUCAUUUUUAGGUAGUUAGAUGUUUAUGAUUUGGAGCUGUUUUUGUUGUAUUUAUUGUGACCUACUGUUUUGAGUAAAUACUCAACUUUUUAAUGUGGGGGAGAUUAAUUUUAGAAUUAGUUUUGUUUCCGACUUUGGAAAGAAUGAAUGAAAAUUAGUCGGGGUAGACAGUUUAGUCUUGUAUGUGCACAUACACAUAAAUUACUUUCUUAAAGGAAAUUGGGUGAGGGAAGAGCGGUAAUUUAAUUUGUGUUUUAUCAGAAAUCUAAUCAUUAUAAGCUUUCUUUAAAAUGAUAAAGAAAAUGGAGUGGAUAGGAUUUGUAAGUGUACAUGCUUCUUUUGACAAACACGUAUAUAAUUAUUUUCUUCAACCAAGUACUUUGUUGGUGGAUUUUAAUCAACUGCCACUGAGGUUGCUGAGCUUGGGAAAUGCUGUUUCGGAAUCUUUAAACUAUUUAAGUGAAUGUAGCUAAAGAAGAAAAGAGGCCAAAAAUUAAAUAUAAGGCACCAACCAUUCCUAAAUUAAACUGACACUACUAAGAAAUCAUGUUAUCGUUAAACUUGAUGCUUUAUUUUUUGUUUAGAGUUUCAAACCUAAUAAGUAUUUUGUAACUAUUUGUAAGGGAAUAAUUUUCAUUUUAUUAAAUAUGUAUAUGCAGGCAUAUUUAUAUAAGGUUGUUGAAUUCAUGCAAAUGGUAGAUUAUAAUUAUCAUUGUUAUUAUAAAAGAUAUGAGCAUGAUAGUUAAAUCUCUUAUUUAUUAAUUAUAUAUUGGCAGAGUAAAUAACACUUGCCAUUUGCUCUUAUUCAGAGAUGCAACAAAACAUUUUUAUUUGUGUGCAUUGCAUUGACCAGAUUAUGAAGUUCUGUAUUUCACUACAUUUUUCCAGAAGUUUAUUUUUCUACAAAUAGUGACCAGUGUUUUUUAAAGUACAGUAGAAUAUUAAAUGCAUUAUUCAUCAAAAUAAUUAGAAAGUUAGAAAAUGGUCAACAUCAUGCCUCUGGAGGGGACUGGGACUUGUGUAGAGAAUUUUUCUUUGUGAACACUGAAUCAGCUUUACACUUUCGCAGAAGCCUUCCAUUGUUUUAACCAAAGUGGCCUUGGAACAGGCGAGUGCUGAAUUAAUUCAUUUAAAAAAUAACUCUAAAGUGUUCUGAGAAAUACAUUUUUACAUAAGAAAAUAGGAAGUGUGAAUGUUUUCAGCUCAGAAAAGAUACACAGUUGUGUCUUGUUCCAGAGAAUUUCUGGAAUGCUGAUGCUACUAUUAUUUACCUAGAAACAAGUUUAUGUUAAAGUAAUUGUUUUUUAAUUUCUUUGAGUUGCCUUUUGUAAACAGUGUUGAUUGUUUAAGGAAGGAAGGAAGGUAUUUGAAACACAGAAAGUUGCCUGACCUAUGGGGUAAGCAUUUGUUUUUGUUCUUUUUUAUUUUUUAAAAAAAGUAGGCCAAUGUUCGGAAUGUGUAAAACAGAAAAAUGGAAUUCAGAAAAGCAAUUCUAAAAUAGGGACUGAACUGUAUUAUCAUCUUAUACAGAAAAAUGGAAUUCAGAAAAGCAAUUCUAAAAUAGGGACUGAACUGUAUUAUCAUCUUAUACUAAUCAUUGUUAUUUUUUGACAUUUAGUACUAAAUAUAGAAUUUGGGGAGUUCUUGUCUUAUUUAGUUAUUCUUGCUUAAUAUUUGGUGAAACUUUGGCAGCCAGUGUCCAAACCAAAGGCAGCAUGGACAGAAUCUCCCAGGUAUCCUUGUCUUAGUUGAGGCUGAAGAGUGUGGGUGUCAGUCAGCCACGGUGCACAUUUUUUUCCUAUUAAUAAUUUUAUUUUAUAUAGAGAACUUUGAGCAUCAAGAACUUGAAGAGUAAUAUAUGCUAAAGUAGUGAAUUUCUAAUAGCUCAGUUUAGUUGUAUUUCAGUAUCAGUCAGACAUAUUGCUGAUACAAAUGAUGCAAAUGGAGAAAGUAAAAAAGGUCAGCACAGGGCUGUAUUCUUAUUAUUAUUAUUAAAAUUCAGAAAUGGCUUGAAUGCCUUUAAUCUUUUUGCCUUUUAUGUCUGAACUAAAUGUGUGCCUGUUUUGUUGUUGUUUUUUGUUAACAUACACACUCAAUGUGAGUUGUUUCUGUUUUCUGCUAGCAAUACACCUGAAAGAGGUAGAAUUCAGCUUGAUCUGUAUGCAAAAGGUUUAUUGCGACAGAAGUACAAAUUGCACAAAAAUAGGAUUUCUAACAUUUUUCCUCUUGAUUAGAACAUUAGUCACUAACAUUUUGAUAAUCACCUUUGCUUUUUCUAUCUUUUGUCCAGUUUUUGCAGGAAACAUCUGUAAAUGAUUUGUACAAAAAAAAAAAAAAUCUGUAAGAACGCUUUAAUAAAAAGUCUCUGACCACA